GUGAGCUGCUGUCUUUGCCUUUCAGUUCCCCUAAAUUCUGGACGCUUCUCUUCACUUGCUGCAAGUUGCAUGCAACUGCAUCCAAACGGACCUCUGAAUUCCUCGCCUGUGCAUCAACGAUACACCAGUAUGAACGGCCUGCUGUACUGCGCAGAAAUCGUGGGUCUCUUGCUGAUCAUCAAGCAGUCGGAGAACACAAGCCCAUUUAUGGGGGUUGCAGCAUCUGUAGCUUCCACUGAUGUCAUGCCGAACGUCAGCUCCACGAUCUCUGGAUUACCGGAAGCUGAAGGGACUGUUCAGCAAAACAUUUCAGUUUCACUGAACACCCAGGCCACCCCCACCGAAACCCGGGCCACCUGGAACACCCAGGCCACCCAGGCCACCCAGGCCACCCAGGCCACCCGUGCCACCCGGACCACCCAGGCCGCCACAUCACCUCACACCUUCUUGCAGAAGGAAUGCCGCCCAGUGCUCAUGGUCAGCGGCGGACUGAUCAUCGCCUGCACUGUUUUCCUGAUAUUGACACUGGUGUUGUUGGGGAAGGUGAUCAGGAUGAGCAGACGCCUCAAGGCGCUGAGCACCAGCGGCGAUCUGAUCAGCGUCAAGGAGUACCACGUGGGAAUGAGCGAGAAGAAUAAGAGCAACUCAGCGGCCGAGAUCAGAGAGAUGGACACGCUUAUGGCCGACGCAAGUCCAACAGGUCAGGAGAUGAGCAACGGUACCGCCAAGGAGGACGUGGAUGGACAAGUGGAGGACCCGGCGACUGCGGGAGACACUCCUAACAGCGAGGAGGCUCCCAGGCCAGAGUCAGCGACAGAAAGUUCCCCCCCUUCAAAGCAGCAAGAGGAGGCCGCCCAGCCUGAGCCAACCACAGAUACUGUGGGCUCCGCCCCUGAGGACCCAGAGGAGCCAAAAGGUGUCAUGUAGGGUUUUCAUGGUGCGCCACUGAGGGCUGAAUGUAGGCCGAAACAAGAUGAUUGGCUAGAAACCAGUUCCCCUUAAAAGCUGAAAGCAGCGGCUUCUACAAAACCCACAUUCAAAACCAAUCAGAAGUCAUUUCAGAGGAAAAACAAUCAGCAAACGUGGUGGUGUGUCUCUUUAUCAAAUGCAUCUAUCUACGGAAAUCCCUGUUCUGAGUAGUGUUGUUUUUGGCAGCCUCUUUCAAUUUAAGUUUUAGUCUAGUCUUUGGAUCAAGCUAUCAUUUUAUUUUUUAUUAGUUUUAGUCACGUUCAUUCCUCUUUUAGUCGUGUCAAGUUUCAGUCGACUAAAAAUCUGAGCAUUUUAGUCUUAUUUUAGUCAGAAUUGUCGGCCCCUUUCUCUAUUGAACUUUGUCCUCAAUCCCGCGACUCGGAUUGAGGACGUGAUGUCACCCAGCAGCAGAGACUGAACCAGAGGAAACUACUUAAAAAAUGGAUAUUAAGGAUUUAGAGUUUUUAUUUUGUAAUCUACAUUUUAGUCUAGUUUUUAUUCGUCUACGAUAUUGCAUUAUAUAUUUAAUUAUCGUCACAUGACCAGCAUUUUCAUUGCGUCUCAUCUCGUUUU